AUGUCUCAGACAACUUCGAGCCAGAAGGAAAACGAACUCACCAACGUACCGACUGGUGUCGUGGGCAAACGAAAGCGUGGCAACCAAGGAGACUUCAAGGGGGAGCGCCUUCAAUACCUCAAUGACAUGCUGCCUCAAUACCGGGAGGCCUCAAGCAGCGGCGCCGUCUCAACCUGGUUUACAAAUACGUUCUUUCCCAAUUACUUUCGGAAAUUCCCUUGGUUCAUUCCUGCGGAGGACGACAUACCUGAGGCGUUCAACAUUGCUCUUGAAGAAUCAAAGCUCACUCCUGAAGUCGCAAACAUGAAGUCCGAUACCGUCAACAGGCUAGUCAAGUAG